UGCUAUGGGGAUUCCCCCUGGAAGUUCCCAGACAUUAGUAGCAAUCACCAUCUGCACAGGCCAGUUUGCUUGCUGAAACCUGAGAAUUCAGACUUGUUGAAUCAAUUCCACCGUCCUUCUCAUUUUGUAUAUGUCUAAUUUGUGCCGAAAGGAGCCUUGUAAAAGAGAACACAAAAGACCCAAAACGGUAACAUGAUUACACAUCCUGACGAUGACUUAAAUAAGGACAAUACAAAAUACAGUUACCGGUAUCUUGUGUUCUAGUUACUUUUCAGAUUGCUGUUAUUUUCUACAACCUUUUUAGUGAUGAUACAGGUUUGGGAAAUAUGGAUAAAAACACAGGAGAUCAGCUUAAUAGAGCCUACGAAGCCUUUCGUCAGGCAACUAUCGAGAAGGAAAACUUCAGAAAAGACCUGAAGCAGAAGACUGAGUUUUAUGAGCAGCAGUUACGUGAUCAGCACAAACAGAUAGUCAGCCUGAAAAGUUGUAUCUCCCUGCUGACAUCUCGGCUAUCAUCUCUUGCUGGUACAGGAGGUGCACCGUUCCCACCAAUCUCCCCUAAACUGGAGAAUACAGAUGGUUGUAAAAGUGAGAGUACUUCUGAUUUAUCUGUUGAACAACUUCAAGAACAGCUCAAAGCCAGCCUGCUGCGAGAAAAGAAUUAUAAGGAACAACUAGAAUUCGAAAAGCUCAGAUUUUUGGAAAUGGAAGUAAAACAGGUUCAUUUGGAGCGUAGUCAAAAUGAAGAAAUUCAACAUCUAAAAAAACUGUUGAAAGACGCCAGUGAGAGGAGGGAUUCUAGAAUAGCCCAUGAAAUCGAGAUGAGAAGUUCAAACAUCAUUCAAGAACAGCCUGCAGCGGCAUCUGAUCUCGGUGAGAGUGCAAGGCAAGGUGUUGAACAGAUUUUCUCCGAUCUAAAGGAAGAAUUCAAUCGGAUUUGCAAGUUAACAAGAGAACAAAGCAGCCAGCUGAAUACGUUUUUCAAGAAAGAAAUUGCAUCUGAUAAUCAUGUUCCUCUGCAGUUUUCCAUGCCCGUCCAGUGCACGGACGAGGAAAACGAGGAAGCGCCCCCCACACAGAAGCCAAAUGGUAAGAUGGUAAGAUCACGGUUUGCACCAAUUACUCCACGGGGCAUUGGACCAGAUGACGAAGUUACCACCUCUGUGGAAUCCCUCUCAACCUUCAGUGUUAAGUUCCCACCAAGCAGCAAUGAGUCUGAAUUUUUAAAGAGUUCUACAGAAAAUCUACCAGUUCUUAUUCCUGCUACAGGAGAGAACAUGAAUUGUAACAAAAUUAACUCUGAAGCUCCCCUUCACCUGAAGAACUACAAUGCGGCCAGGUGCAGCCCACCCUACUCUCCGCGCUCACCAAAAACACCAAGCCACUUGGACAACCAUAAGCUUGUUGGGCUAGAAACAAACUAUAAAGACACGGUUGUGCCAGCUGCAGAGGAUGGCAGUCUUUUAUUGCUGGCUAAAAGCCCAGUUGGGACAUGCACAAACACUUUCAGCAUUCCAGAUAUUCCUGGCGUGGAUGAAUUUGCAAGAGCGACAGAGAGGACAGUUCGGGGACCUCACCGGUCUGUUUGGGAACCAUUGUCGCCUCAAGAAGACGACCUAUCCAUUCCAACCAAUGAGAAGUGUGAACAGGUCUUUUCGGAUGUAUGUGAAUUCUGCCAAGCUGUUUUCCCACCAUCGACUAGAUCAGGAGAAGAUUUUCUAAGACAUCUUAACUCGCAUUUUUUUGGACCGUCUUAAAUAUUUUUUUCCUUACAAAUCAUUGUGAUCAAACAAUUAUUAUUUAAAAUGAAUAUAGUUCAAUUGUUUUGUAUGAAAGGGAACAGAAGCCUUUGUAAAUAAUUCCGUUAUAAGACCUUAUUUAUAUGGUCUGUUAUGCAUUUUUUUUAAACUCGCACCAAGUUAUCGUCCUUGUAUGAAUUCUGUAAAAGUAACCCCUGAAUCUAUUGCAUUAUGUUUGUAAUACAACUGUUCCAAUACAACUGGCAUUUGCAUAUAAUGUAAGUUGUAAUACAUUCAUUACGAAUUAUUCUCCUAUAGCUUGAAUAAAAAGAACUAGCAGACAGCAGUCACUAUGACUGCAUUAGUAACACUUAUUAUUUGUAUCUUUCAAGUAUAUUUUUACUUUUAGAUGUAUUCAGGUAGAAUUCAAUUGUUGUAAAGUUCUUCAAUUAUACAGAAGAUGCUUCUAUGUCUAUUAUGAAGAUGUAGAUUACAAUUUUUGUAGAGGUACGACUUAUUAUGAUAACUGAGAAUCUCUGGGUUAAAUGUAAUAUUUUCCCCAAGCACAUUUUUGAUCCUUAAUAAAUACUGCUCUUGUUUUUUCUGUUUAAAAAAUAAAAUAAAAAGCUGAAUAAAAAUGUUCCUGAACAUAACACAAAAACCCUUAAGCAUAAAGCUAAUAGCAUUACUUUGUUUGUUUGUUUGUUUGUUUGUUUGUUGAUUUAGCAGUAGUAUCCACUUAAUGAUCUACACAAAUGCUUAAAUGCAUGUAGGUGUGUCUCUGUAUUGUGAAUUUAUGCUAGAACAUCAAUAAAAUGUGGUAAAUAAGAGAGAAUGACCCUACAGCAGAUCUAAGAAAACGUGAUGUGUUUUAAUUACCCUAUUAUUACAACCAUUAUAAAAUAUAUAUGUAUUUAAACAGUUUAUAUUUGUAUUAUAUUAUGUAUAGAUUGUAUGUUUUACCUUUUUAAUAUUGCACCUCAAAAAGUAAGUUUUUAUGUUUGUUUCCAAUAAAUAUGUAUUUUAUGCUAAACAAUGGAUUAAAAUUGGGAUUCUAGGA